AUGCCUCGACACGAUCAGGCGCAACUUGCUCCGGAGCGCAAGAAGCGGGCAUUGGAGGUAAGAAGCAGUGCCUUGGCUGAAGAGACCGCAUCGCCAAAAGCCAAAGCUGCAAAAGAGAGCACAUCACCCAAGGCUGUGAAAGGCAGACCUUCGCCAAAAGCGAAGGUUGAGGCAAAGGAGCAAAACAAGAGGAGUGCAUGCACCUUUUCAGAUGCAUCGGAGGAGGUUCUAGACCUUCUUCAACAAGUGGCAAACUUGGAUGAAUUGCAGAGAUGGGCUUUUGCUGGUGGUUAUGAUGCUGUGACCGUGCCACUGAGUAAGGUGACCAAGAGCAUGGUGCGCGAAGGCUUCACGUGGUUAAAGGCAAUUGAGCGUGAGCUGGCCAAGCCUGAGCCUCCUACUGAGUCUUUGGAAGCCUUGAGCCAAUCCUUCUACAAGGUCGUACCACUUCUUGCGAAUGAGGGUAAGGAAUCAAUUGCAACAUCAGACCUCUUCCUAAGAAGGCUUCGUGUGGUUUCUAUGCUCUCCGACAUCGAGGCUGCUCAUUCCCAGUUGCGCUUGCUGCUGAACUUCACAGAGGAGGCUGCAGCCGCAGGAUCGCGCCGUCUAAGCACGCAGCACCUGCAGUUGAUUUACAAGAGUUUGAAAUGCGAGAUCAGUGCAGAAACCCAACACAGUACAGUGUCACAGAUGGUGGAGAAGUACCUGCGUGGUGUGUCCACGCCAAAGCUUAAGAGAGUCUUCACCAUCAACAGGCCAGCAGACUCAACGAGGCUGGCAAAGGCCCCAGCAAAACGGCUGCUACUGUGGUAUCGGACAUCUUUCACUGCGUGGCUCAGCUUGCUGGCAAAUGGCUUUAGACUUCCUCCCAAGGAGGCACCUGAGCUUGGCUACUCCUUUGGCAAGGGCUUGUAUUUCUUUGACGCUGUAGGCGUUGCCCAGCAGGCCCAGCAGGGAUCCAUUUUGCCAUUCAUCCUCCUUUUGGCCUCGUUGGCGGCAGGCUACUGGCUUUGGAGUUCUCGCAGUGAAGGUGAAGCAACCAAAGGACCUACUACGCCACUUCCAGAUGUAGAGGAACUGCGGCGAAAGCGCUUGGAAGCUUUGCAGGCAUCAAUGGCUGCAGCUUCCAAGGCCUCUGAAGCCGAUGAGGGGCUGCGCCGACGUUCUGGGAAGGCAGCUCCGCAGCCAACGGAAGCUGAAGCCUUGCGGCAGCCAUGCGAACCGGCAGUGGUGCAAAAGCCAGUGUCAGAGACAGAACCUGUCGCAGCCGAGCCAAGGGAGCCAAAGCGAGAGCAAAGCUCCAGGCCAAAGACCGACACAGUUUCAGCGCCAGAGACAGCGAGUUCCAAAGCGCCAAAACCUUCCACGAUUGCCUUACGCGCAAGGGGGACUUUGCAAGGAAGUUCCCACUUGCGGAAUUUCGAGAUCCAGGCAGAAUCGACGGUGAACCACUUGCAGUCGCAGAUCUUGAAGGCUUUUCAGCCAGAGGCUUCAGGUUGCAAAGUGCGGGUGUUCUUCAAUGGUAAGGAGCUUAAGAAUCCAACAGAGACUGUGGACUCACUUGGAUUGUCAAACAACACCUGCUUGCAGGUGAUGUUUUGCGGGGCUCCUACAGCACAAAAGGAUGUCGCACAGUCAGAGAAGGAGCCGCCAAAGAAAGAAGUGCCUGUUCCAGAAGCUCAGCCUGUGAGUGUCCGCAUCCAAAGCACGGUGCAAGGACACACCAGUGCCUACAUCCUCAAGGAGCUGAGCACUUGCAGCCGCGUCUUGGAUUUGGAGGCUCUUGCCUUGGGUGCUUUUGCACCAGGGGAAGGGCUGCGACCUCGCCUGUUUUUCAUGGGAAAGGAAUUGAAGGAUGUCGAUGCCUUCCUUGGACAUGUUGGUUUGACCCCCAAGGCAGUCGCCACAGUCCAGGUCAUGUUUUCCACUGGAGAACCUCGAGCUGCUGCCAAAACGCCCUCCUUAGGGGAAGCACCUGCCCCCCCGGCAACAGCUUCUGCCGCUGCUGGGGGAACACCCAGUCCUCCCAUGCAGGAGGGCACCAACGAGGCCGUGCUGGCGGCCGCUGCCGCAGCUGGCUGCAAUGUCUCUGCACUUCUAGGCAAUUCGCCUGAACCAGCUCCUGGAGAAGGGACAACGCCUGCAGAGGCUUGGCGUGCGAUGGCCGGUUUGGAGGAGCAGCUCAGCCGGGAGUCGGACAUGUCGGAGGAGCCAUCAGUCCGGCAGGCAUCAGCAAUGCUGCGGCACUUGCUUACGACUGCAACUCAUGACAACAACCCUGGCCUAAUGCAGUUUGCGCAGUCAGCAAUCCCUGACUUUCAGAAGAUCUGGAGCUUUGAGCCAACGCGUGAGCAUCUCAAGGGAUUGAUCGCAACGAAGGCACCAGUGAACCAAGGCUAG